UCCCACCUCCCACCCCCAAGUCGCGGCUCAUCCUCGAGGGCGGAGAGAGGUGGCAUUUGAGUCCUCCGGUAUCCCAGCAGGCAGUGCAGCCUAGAGACGCUGACAAAGGAGCGGAGGAGCAGUCGCAGCUGCUUUCCGAGGAAGCCGGUGUUGCCGAGAUUGCCAAAAUGCUUUGGAGUUUUUAACUGAAUCUAAGAAAAGUCCAAAAUAGAUUUGAGACUGUAAAAACAGAAACUGCAGCAAGGGGGAUUCAGUGCCAAUGCAUCAACAAAAAAGACAGCCAGAGUUAGUGGAAGGAAAUCUUCCUGUUUUCGUGUUCCCCACGGAGCUCAUAUUUUAUGCAGAUGAUCAGUCAACACAUAAGCAAGUGUUGACACUGUACAAUCCCUAUGAGUUUGCCUUAAAGUUCAAAGUUUUGUGUACUACUCCAAAUAAGUAUGUUGUCGUUGAUGCUGCAGGUGCAGUAAAGCCUCAGUGUUGUGUGGAUAUUGUGAUUCGUCAUAGAGAUGUUCGAUCCUGUCACUAUGGUGUAAUAGACAAAUUCCGUCUUCAAGUUUCUGAGCAAAGCCAGAGGAAGGCUUUGGGAAGAAAAGAGGUUGUUGCUACUCUUCUCCCAUCAGCAAAAGAACAACAAAAGGAAGAAGAGGAAAAAAGAAUAAAGGAACAUUUAACUGAAAGUUUAUUUUUUGAGCAGUCGUUUCAACCAGGUCUUAUCACAAUGGCCAUACUUAGAACAUGAGCAAGGAUUUCAGUUGACUUCUGAAGUAAAUCUAUCUUGAAAAUAUGAAUGUGGACUGCCUUUUAUCUCUAUUUCACUCCAUUAACAUGCUACAAACUAUUGAAUGAUUUCAAGUAAUUGCAAAUGUAUAAUAUAUAUUUUAAAUUAUAAUUUAAUUUGAAGGACCGCAGAACAUUAUUUUACAGACAGCAAGGAUGCUUCUGAGUGACACCUAGGAAAUUAUUUGAAGAAAUUCUUUUUAUACCUAUACCUGUUGUGCAAGAGACUUUAAAACAUUUGUUAUUUGCUCACCCUUUUUUUCCAGUUCACUUUGAUUGCUAGGGGUCAUGUCUGCUUCGAAGUUACAGGACUAAAAGAACAAACUGACCGGCCUAAAACUAAAAUGACAUUUAUUCCCUAGCUACAAACGUCAGCGUUAUUAUGUUAAUCAUAUCUUACCCUCUAUCAUUAUAAGCGGUUGCCAUGGUGUUUCUAAAAGUGUUUUACCAUUAAUGUGUAGAGGGGAACAAAGCAUAAAGUACUAAGGGAUCAUGCUUAUCCUAGGGUCUCACAGAAGACAGGACAUAUUAAUCUUGUGAAUUACAGAAUGGGUUGUGGUCCAGACACCAAGAAUCAUAGCGGUUUUUUAAAAAAACCUAAUGGAAGUAGGGUGACCUCUCUCUUUGGUCUAAGAGUUCUAAAGGAAGGUAGGCAUCUGUUUAAUUAGUUGGUUCACCCUGGCUUUACCUCUGGUUAAUGCUUUGUGUUAACAGGAAGGAAAAAUCACUUUAUCUUUUCUUCCAAGCCCCUUCCCCACCUGACUUGCCCAGACUGGGCUUACCAGAUACCAGGUGAUUUAUGUGGAGAUGAUUUUUCACCUUUAAACUCUAAGCCAAGUGUAGGAAACUCUUCAUAGCUGUGUCGAUUUUAUAUCAGUCACUGAGACUUUUUUUUAAGUUUUUAUUUAUUAUUAAGACAACUUUGCCAAAAAAAAUCCCCUAAGCACAACUAUUUACAUUUCUUUAUAGCCUCUUCUGAUCUCUAACACAUAUAUGCAGUUUUAACUGUUACUGUCAUAGUAACUGAUCUUUUGUCUAAGGAUUUUUACCUGAAAGCACAAUGCAUUAAGAGUCUCUUGAAAAUCAUCUUUCAGAUCUUUUUACAGAAUGAAUUUAUGCACUGCAACAAACACAAAUGUAUGCCUGAGGUUGGUUUUUGCAGAAAAUAGUCUCCGCUUCUAAAAACUUCUAUGUCUAGUCUUCCAUAGGAAAUCCUCACUGUUUAACCAUGUGAGGAGCCUAAGUCAUUAAACGGAUCAUGUCUGUACAUUGUGUAAUGAAUGAAAAGCACAUAAAUGUAAUCUACUUUGAACUUUGUAGAAAUUAUGUGUGGAGGCUAUUCUUACUUACCCAUCUCAAGUCCUGUGUGUGCACAUGUGCGCAAGUGCACAUACGUGUAUGUAUGUGUGUAUAAUAACAUUGUAAAGAACAGAAAUUACUUUAAAAAAUAAACAGAAAUGGAGACCUAAGCUUCA